GGUACACCGACUUGCAGCCGGUGGGAAUGGGCGCCUUCGGUCUUGUCUGUUCGGCGCGGGAUCAAUUGACCGGGCAACCAGUCGCCGUCAAGAAAAUCAUGAAGCCAUUCAGCACACCCGUCCUGUCCAAGAGAACAUACCGCGAAUUAAAACUGUUGAAACACCUGCGACACGAAAAUAUCAUCAGUCUGAGCGAUAUCUUUAUCUCCCCGCUGGAGGAUAUUUAUUUCGUCACAGAGCUGCUGGGCACCGAUCUCCACAGAUUGUUAACUUCGCGGCCUCUUGAAAAGCAAUUUAUUCAAUAUUUCCUUUACCAGAUUCUGCGGGGGUUGAAAUAUGUCCACUCGGCCGGUGUCGUUCAUCGUGACCUCAAACCCAGCAACAUCCUUAUCAACGAGAACUGCGACCUGAAAAUCUGCGAUUUCGGUCUUGCCCGUAUCCAGGAUCCGCAGAUGACCGGCUAUGUUUCGACCCGGUAUUACCGUGCGCCUGAGAUCAUGCUCACUUGGCAGAAGUACGACGUGGAGGUGGAUAUUUGGAGCGCAGCAUGUAUUUUUGCGGAGAUGCUGGAAGGAAAGCCCCUGUUUCCCGGAAAAGAUCACGUCAAUCAAUUCUCGAUCAUCACGGAGCUGCUGGGAACUCCGCCCGACGACGUGAUCCAGACAAUUUGCAGCGAGAAUACGUUGCGAUUCGUCAAGUCGCUACCCAAGCGUGAGCGACAACCUCUGGCCACCAAGUUCAAGAAUGCCGAUCCAGAUGCGGUCGAUCUGCUGGAAAAAAUGCUUGUAUUUGACCCGAAGAAGCGCAUCCGGGCUGGCGAGGCCCUUGCCCACGAGUACCUUGCCCCGUAUCACGAUCCGACCGACGAGCCUGAGGCUGAGGAGAAGUUCGACUGGUCAUUCAACGAUGCCGACCUACCUGUGGAUACAUGGAAGAUUAUGAUGUACUCCGAAAUCCUGGACUUCCACAACAUCGACCAGGGCAACGAUGCCGGUCAAGUGCUUGUCGAGGGGGCUGCGGCCGGACAGCAGAGCUUUGCAUGAGGAGAGAUUCCUGCCUAAAAUUACCCUUGACGAGGUGCACGGAAUAUGAUAAUGAUGUCCUUUCCUUUUAUGUUCUCAUGGUAUGUAGACUGGAUGCGGGGAUUGUGAUAUGCACGUUCACGUACUUAUGUUCUGGCCACUACAUCGCUUGUUUUUUAUGCCCCCCCCCUUUUUUUUUGUUUCUCAAUGAUCUCCAGGCUGUUACAAAGUCCGGAUAAUGUUGGAGAUUAGAAACGUCUGUAACAUGACCCAACUGUUUGGAUUUUUCCAUUCUGCUAUACAUACACUUUACAUUAUUCCGGUCAUGAUCGACGGAACAUUGUUUUGCCUUUCCUUCUCACCAAGUGGUGAAUAUUGUUUCCCCCCUUUUUUUGAGGUGUGCUUGAUAGAUUUUGCUCAACACUGAAGCAAGUUACCUAAUAAUCAAUGCAAUGACUGUAUACAA